GCCUUCAAGCGCCACUCCCGAGCCUUCAAGCGCCACUCCCGAGCCCUCGAGCGCCACACCAGAGCCCUCGAGCGCGACUCCCGAGCCCUCGAGCGCCACUCCCGACCCGCCGAGCGCCACACCAACUCCGACCUAUCUUCCUCCUGCCUUCUUUGUAGAGCCGGCAACUUUGUCGACAGAGCUGCAUGCUUUGGACCUCCACGCCGUUGUGCAGAAUGUGGAUGCAUUCGGCAGCAUUUUGGGCUUUACAUGGAAGCUCCAGUCCGGUCCUGUGCUGGUGCAGCUUAUCGAGGCUGCGACUCUCCCGCUGACUCGACUUGUUGCGGGAGUGUACGAAUUUGAAGUGACGAUGCUUUAUCGAAUUGGCGAGGAAGAGCUGAGCAUCAGCAACCAGUCUUCCAUCGAGAUUCGGCCACGUCAAAAUGCAGGCCCGAAAAUCGGAAACGCGAUCAAGGACUUUGACAUUGAAGGUUUGCCGGAUCAGCUUGCCACCGUUGACAUCCAGGUUCCCGAAGUCAUGGAUGACGAGGAUGCCAUGGACCCCAACUCGUACCCACUGCGAUUCAAUUGGGCAAUUACCUCUGGAGUGGGUGGGGUGAUUGAAGAUCCGCACUCGUUCAAGCACGUCGAGGUGACCAAUCUACGUCUGGGAACGUACACAGUCAAGCUGGAAGUGACCGACACUGAUGGGCAUAUGACGCCGACUGUUUUUACGAUUGUUUAUCGCGAACCUUCCCUUCCCAUUCCGGUUGCUCAUGCGGGUCAGAACAUCACCGUCGUGUUGCCAAACAACACUGCCACGUUGGAUUCGUCCCAGAGCACCGCUGCUGCCGGGUUUAAAAGCAUCGUCUGGGAGGCCGACUCGACCAACCCAGUCGUCGUGACACUCACAACGCUGGACGAUACCCAGACCCGUGUGGAAGGGCUGACGGUGCCUGGCGUCUAUACUUUCAAGCUGACUGUGACGGAUGUCCGAGACUACACUUCUGUUGACAGAGUCUCUAUUAUCGUGAUUGAAGAUUUCCCUCCAACUGCCGUUGCCCCGGCAGAAUAUCACAUCUCCACCACGUCGGCGUUGCUUGAGCUCGAUGGGUCGCAGAGUACCGAUGAUCGCACCGCGACUGCCAACCUCGGUUUCCUGUGGGAAAAGCAACUGGAGAGCCCCGCUGCUGGCACGCUUGUUGACGCAUCUCUGCCCGUGGCCAAGUUGGUCGAUUUCAUUUCUGGGACUUAUGUCUUCAAGCUCACUGUGACCGACUCUGCAGGGCAAACUGCGACGACCCUGACUUCGGUUUACGUCGAAAAUGAUGACAAAUCGCUGUACUUGCUGGAGAUCCGACUGGAUGCAAACAUUGAGCAGUUCACGGAAAGCAACGCCGAGAGCGUUCGCGGAAAACUCGCUUUGGCUCUUGGCACAACUUCCGAAUACGUCGUUAUCGAUACCAUUCGCUCUGGAAGUGUCAUCAUGACAUUCCAUGUCGUCAACACCACCACAGGUCUUCCCAUCUUUGCUGGUAGCAUUGUAUCAACGCUGCGCGACUUGCUACAUUCGUCCAAGCUCCAAGUUGGCUUCCCUAUUCUUUCAGUGGAUCCGUACUUGUGCGACAAUACUUGCUCUGGUCAUGGCACAUGCGACACCCUGACAAAAGAGUGCGUGUGUGAUCCUUAUUGGGUUGAAAAUGUCUUUGCAACCAAAUUCCAAGGCGCGGCCAGCAAUUGCGGUUGGAGCGUCGUUUAUGUGAUUCUGGUGUGCGGCAUCAUCUUUUUGGUGCUGCUUGCGCUAGGUUGGGCGAUUUUCUGGGCCUGUUCAAAACGCUGCUGCAAGAAGGGCGCGCGCAAAACAAUGCUGGAUCGCCGCUCUCGUGGGGGUGCCGGCCGCUUUGACAGCCUCGAACUCAUGCCACGCAGCAGCCAGCCUGGCGGUUUGAUGAAUGAUUCUGAUGGCGACGGUUCCGACGACGACGACGAAGAGGAGGACAUCUUUGACGAGCGCUAUUUGGUUGGAGGGACACCCAAGCCUCCGCCAUCAUCCAAGGUAGCGCGCAUGAUUCGGCAAUCGAGUCAGGCCAAUGUCACCCCCGGCACACCUUCGCAGAACGCAGCGCGGGCUGCUAGUACGAGCAUGAUUUUGAGCCACAGCGAUGACGAAGAUCAGCCGUUUGAGGGCAUCAACGGCAAUGCACAUGCCGUGGCGAAAGCCCAGCAAAAGCCGCAACAGCAGCAGCAGCCUGCAGGUGGCGCAUCUUCUUUCGCGACCCCCGUGCGAGGGCUAAUGUCUCGUCUCACUGGCAAAACGCCCAAUGGCAAGGAUGCCAACGGCCACGGCAAUGGCACCCAUGCCAACAGCAGCAACAGCAACAACAACAACAACAACAACAGCAACAACGUCAGCAGCCCCACUCGCAAACCCCGCGGCCCCACCUCGCGAUCGGGUGGCUAUUCUCGCGUCAGCACCAACAACGGCGACAAGCACUCUCUUCUCGCCAAGUCUGAUUCUUGGGAGGAUUUGAAUAUCGAGUGAAACAUGCGGUGAACUCGUAGAUUUUGUGAUUUUUUGGUUUUUGAUUUUUUUUUGAUACUUUUGAUGUCCUGUUUUGAUGGUGUCCUGCUUUUACCCCUGCCUCAUUGUUAGCCUGAACUUUGCGCUUGAAGUGUACCACUUUUUACGGCUUGCUCUGCUCAGUCCAGC